AUGAAUUCGCCGCUGUCAUCUUCAAACUCGACUGAUAAACAAACCGAGGGCAAUGCAACGUCUCAAGAUGCUCCGGAGUGGAAAGCUGGCAAGGCCGAGUGGACAAUCAUCAUCGUACUUGCUUUCGUCUCCUUGAUGGUGUCGAUUGAUGCUACGAUUCUCGUCCCUGCAUUACCUUCACUGGCCGUCGCGCUCAACGGGAGUGCCGCCGACACGUUCUGGACCGGCACCUCUUACCUUCUAACGCAGGCCAUCUUCCAGCCCUUCAUCGUCGCGCUCUCUGAUGCCUUCGGCCGCCGCAUCUUGUACUGCAUCUCGCUGCUCUUCUUCACCGUCGGCACACUCAUCUGCUGUCUGGCCAACAACUUCAUCCAGCUCCUCGCGGGGCGCGCAAUCCAAGGAAUCGGGGGCGGUGGUCUCCUCUCGCUUGGCUUGGUCAUCAUGACUGACAUCGUACCGCUUCGGCAACGGCCCUUGUACCUCGUCGUCAACCAGAUGGCUUGGGCUGUUGGCACGAUAGUCGGCCCGCUGCUCGGCGGCUUGUUCGUUGAGAAGACAACGUGGCGCUGGAUCUUCUACGUUAAUUUUCCCUUCUGCGGUGUGGAGUUGGUGGCUGCUCCUUUGGCUAUCAAACUUCAUGCUCGUCGUGCUCCAGUCAAGGAACGCUUACUCAGUACUGAUUGGGUUGGUGCUGUCCUUUUUAUUGGCAGUACCUGUAGCUUCUUGAUCGGUCUCACGCGGGGAGGGACUGAGUACCCGUGGUCGAGCUGGAAGAUACUUGUGCCAAUGGUCGUCGGCGUGGUCGGUACUGCGGCGACUGUGGUCUGGGAGAUAUACGGCGCGCCUACGCCUUUCUUGCGGCUUAGUGUUUUCAACUCGCCUUCCGCGGCUUUUGCCUACAUUGGCGCGACUUUUCAAGGCUUACUGAUGUUCUGCAAACUAUACUACAUUCCUUUUUACUUUGAGACUGCCAAAGACUUCGGGCCAAUCAUUACCGGAGUGACAUUACUGCCGAUUAUCCUCACAAUGCUGCCGACCAGCAUGAUCGUGGGCAAGCUUAUGACCAAGUCUGGUCGCUACCGCUGGGCCAUCUGGUCUGGAUGGGCCAUUACCUGCCUAGGCACGGGUCUGCUCAUCCUCUUGGACAAUGAAACAAAAACGUACGCCUGGAUCCUAAUCUUCAUCGUCGUCGGCCUUGGCCACGGGCUGAUCAUCAUGUCGUUGAACAUCGCCAUCCAAGCCAUGGCAGAAACGCAAGACGUCGCAUACGCCGCAGCCAUGUACCUCUUUCUACGUACGCUCGGCAUGAGCAUCGGCGUCGCGAUUGGUGGAGCAGUGUUCCAGAACAUGCUCUCGAAGCACCUCGUCGAGCACAGCCUUCCGAGCUCCAUAGCGCACGAUGCUGAAGGCUUCGUUGCUGUUCUGAAAACGCUUGUGAAAGACUCGGCGCAGUACCAGAGCUACGUCAAGGCGUUUUCGACUAGCUUCCAGAACGUGUUUCAGACGUUAACGGGGGUCGCAGGCUCGGCUGCUUUACUUAGCCUGUUUAUACGGAACUAUUCCAUGGACAAAGACCUUAAUACUGAGCAUAUGCUUCGGGUUAGGAGCUUGGAUCGGGAGCAAACCAUUACUAAGGACGGGUUUUCAAGUAACGGUAGCAAGCAUUAA